GACUGCAGCAGCGUGUCAACAUCACUAUGAAUCUUGCCAAGCAAAUAAAUCAUUCUGUGCCAUCGGAAACCCAAGAACUCUCAUGUCAGUUCUUUAACUUCUCAACACACAAUUUUAGUGAGGACGGAAGCAUUACCCUAUGGACAUAUGGUCAGAACCAUGUCUCCUGUUCCUGUGACCAUCUGACAUACUUCGGUGUGUUGCUCAUGGUGCCUGCUUCCCCAUCACCUAAAGAACAGGAGAAUUUAACAUACAUUUAUCUGAUUGGCUGCAGUCUCUCUCUUUUUACCCUGCUCAUCACUGUUUUGCUCUUCAUCACAAACAGAAAAGUCAGAGAAGGUGUCUUUAUGAAGGUUCACAUCAACCUCAUGAUCGCCCUGAUCCUCCUCAACCUGCACUUCCUGCCCAGUCAGGCAGUGGCAGCAGUGUCCUCCUCUGGGCUCUGUUUAUACAUGGCUCUUGCCCUUCACUACUCCCUGCUGGCCACUUUCAGCUGGAUGGCUUUGGAGGGAUUCAACCUCUACCUUCUCGUAGUCAAAAUCUUUGACAUCUAUGUCAGCAGAUACUGCUCAAACUCAGUGUGGUGGGAUGGGGUGAGUUGA